CAGUUUCGUAGGUCGUUUUAAACGCGUGCCGGUCUGGACCAAUCAGAACGCUCUCGUGGUGAGCUAGCGCGAGGCUUGUGUGCAGCCUUCUGUCGUGAAGAAGCGCGUAGCCAUAGUGCGACCUGAGAGACCAUAUCGUUCAGCAAGAUACCUCUGAGUGUUCUCUUUUUCUAAAGUUAAGUCAUCCAGCCUCCAGGAUGGCAAAAGGUGACCCAGCAAAGCCAAAAGGCAAAAUGUCUGCUUAUGCCUACUUUGUGAAGACCUGUCGUGAGGAGCACAACAAGAAGAACCCUGGGGUUUCUGUGAAUUUUUCAGAAUUCUCCAAGAAGUGUUCAGAGAGAUGGAAAGUUAUGUCUCCAAAAGAGAAGACUAAGUUUGAAGAGAUGGCCAAGCAGGAUAAGGUUCGAUAUGACCAAGAAAUGAUGACCUACAAUCCUGGCAAAAGGGGCAGAAAAAUGAAGAAGGACCCCUGUGCACCAAGGAGGCCACCGUCUGGAUUUUUCCUGUUCUGCUCUGAGCACAGGCCCGGUAUCAAAGCCCAGCAUCCCAGCAUGGGCAUCGGUGAUGUGGCAAAGAAGCUUGGUGAGAUGUGGAACAAUCUAUCGGACUCUGAGAAGCAACCCUUCCUUUCAAAAGCCAACAAACUCAAGGACAAAUACCAGAAGGAUAUGGCAGAUUACAAGAGCAAGGGGAAAGUGGGUGGUGGGAUGUCUGCAAGCAAAGCAAAAUCUAGGGAUGAUGAUGACGAUGAAGAUGACGAGGAGGAGGAGGAUGAUGAAGAGGAUGAUGAUGAGGAUGAUGACUGAAGGGCUUGAUGUCCUUAAUCUGACACUAGGGGUGUUGCAAUCAUCACUGCCAGUGUGAAUUGAAAUGAGUCAGUGUAUUUGGCACCCAUGGAGAAGCCCAACUUCUGUAAGCUUAGACUAAAUGUUUCCCUUUUACAGAAGAUCUGGAUUUGCAGUAUGCUUUUGUUCAUGCUACCCCAAAGUUUUUCAAAGAAGGGGGACAAUGUUUGCUAUUUAGCCAUAAACUUCUGGUAGCACAAGGAUACAUGCAUGUUUUAAAGUUGUUUAAGGUUGUUUUGAUUCAUCUUAGAACAUUUUUAUUUUUCUAUUCUCCCAGCUUCAAGUUGUACAGUUUCUUUGGCAGAACGAUGUAGCAAAAAGCAAGCUUUUGUUGGCAGUUUCUGGAGGUUGUUUUAUGCUCAGCCACUGUAUGUAGGGUCUGAUUUUUGGGUAAAUGCACUGAACCAUUUGCAGGGUUUAUUAUUAUUUUGUCCCCCCACCUGUUCAAAGUGGUCAUAAACUACUAUCUGGUUAAAGCCCUUAUUUGUGCCGUUUUUUAUGCAUAGGUAAAACUGUUAUUUAAAAUGACAUGUUUUAGAUCUAGGAGUUGUAACAUUUAUUUUUAUUAAAUGUUCUGUGAUUUUGUUUUGGAUUAUAAUUGCAUAUUCUUAUUCAUAAUUUGUUGCUGGUGUAUGAAUAUUAAUGGGAAUAAAGUGGUCAACAUGAA